AUGGGUGAGAGCAACAUCAUCAUUACCAAUGACGACGAGUUUCAGUUCCUGCUCAAUACAGUUCUUCGAUUUGGAACGAGCUUGGAGACGGUGAAAGCGCGCAUGAUGCAAUCACGCGCACCUCGCGAGGCGUGGUUUGAUUCUUCUCGUUCCCCAUCUCUGUUACACGCCGCUUGUUCUCGAGGAGAUGCGCGCGUUGUGCAGUUUAUACUAGAGGAGGCAAAGAAAUAUUUCUCAAUAACACAACAGAAGAACAAGAAGAAGAACACAACGAAUAGUAAGAAAACGAUGAACUUGGAAGAGUAUUUAGUGCAAAGAGACUUUGAGUCGGGCCACUCGGCGAUGCAUCGAUGUUUACUUCACGGUCCCAACUUGACGUGCGCUCGAACGUUGUUGAAAUUCGCUACGGAACACUGCUCGAAGAAGAGUAGCGUGAAUCUGCUUCAUCAACCGAGGUGUUUUCGAGGGCACACUCCGAUCGAAAGUUUAUCGAUAACGAUAGCAACCGUAGCGUCGAAAGAAGAAGAAGAAGGAGGAGGAGAAAAAGAAGAAGGAAGAAAGAGACACAUGCGCCUGAGAAGAUCGGAUGUCUUUUCUUGGGGCUCAGGCGUGAAUUAUACGCUAGGCACCGGGAACACGAACACGAACGGCGAUAGAUGCAAACGGAUAGAGUAUUUUGCGAAGCACCACUUAAACGUGACUUCGUUGAGUUGUUCUCGAUUUCGUUCGUUCGCGACGACAAAUGUUGGGGAGGUUUAUUCCUGGGGUCUGACCGAUUGGAAUAGUUAUAGCAAAAGAAACGGUGAAGUACAAGAAAACAACGCAUCACUGAAGCGCGAAGCGGAUAUGUUUCCGACGCGCAUCGAGACGUUUAUCGGUGGAGCUUCCUCGAAACCAAAGAUUGUUAAAAUCACGUGCUCGGAAAAUUUCGCGCUGCUCGUGGAUGACUCUGGAAGUUUAUUUAUCAUGGGAAAAACGCUCGGACUCUUUUCCUCAUCGUCAGAUGCUGGUCUCACUAACGACAAUAAUAACAACAACAACAACAACAACAACAAGGAAGACGAUAGCAGCAGCAUGCAAAUGUUUCCUAGACGCAUUUUCGGAGACGAUAAGCGAGAUCCAAUCUCUCGUGAGACAUUUAAAGAGCAACGCAUUGUAGAUGCGAGUUGUGGAAACGCGCAUGCUGUCGUUAUCGACUCCAAAGGUCGAUGCUGGAGUUUUGGACUGAAUGGGACUGGUCAACUCGGGUUUCAGAUCGAUGCUAUUUCGCGCGUCAAAUUUCCAAGGGUUGUAGUCGGCAUUGAAGGUUACUGUCUGAGCGCUUCAUGUUCUGAUGAGACGACGCUCGUGCUCGUGCGAAAAAACAACAACACGAAAGCCAUCGUUCGGUUCGGUUCUGGAGAUUGUAAACCGAAACAAAUAAGAUGUUCUUCUCGCAGUGCGAUUGUGAGCAUGUCGUGCGGCAAUACAAUUUCGGCGUUUGUUUGCGAGAACGGUGAUCUGUAUCGUUUUCACUCCAAAAAGCUCGAUGAUUGCGAAGCGCAAAGGGUCGACGAGUUUAAUUCUGUGCCAUUUGUAUCGUGCACGAUGACGAAUUCGAGAGGCUGUGUUCUAGCUAGGAACGGUGAUUGUUACGAGUUUGAAGUAAACGAGCGAUCUGGAGAGUGCUCAGUCUUCAGUCGCGUCGUGGGUGUAAAACGAGCAACUUCGAUUUCGAUCAGCGAUAAGCACGCGUUGAGCAUAUCGAAUUGGACGGAGCCUAAUUCGAAUUGGCCGGAAUCUAAAAUCAUCCGAGAAAAAGCCCGAAAAGAAGAAGAAGAAGAAGAAGAAGAAGAAGAAGAGAGUUUACAACACAUCGCGUGUAGAGUUCUUUGUGAAGAAGUGUUGGAUUUAAGUAAUUGCAUGGAGUGUCUUCAAAAUCUUCCAAAUUUAGACAUUGAAAGUGGAGAACUAUUGCGAGAGUACGCGUACGAGCUCGCAGCUUUGAAUUUAGAUGCACUUAUUGAGGUUUACGAUGUGCUGGGUGCGAAAUACGAUGACGAGCACGUCGACGAUGCUGUUUUAAGUGGGAUUCGAGAACGAAGCAUCGGCGGUGUAGAAUUAACUUUAGAACUCGAUUGGGAUAUAGAGAAGACGUACGCGCCCGUCGUCGCCGACGAAGAAGGAGAGAAGAAGAAAAAGGAGAAGAAAAAGGAGAGAGUGGAAGUGAUGAGUGGGAAAACGAAUGAAGUUCCGGCGCGAGCACCGCAAAUGAAAAGAAAUGCCUCGCCAGAAACAGAAUCACUACCAUCGAAGUCAAAACCGAUUAAAAUAUCUCUCACUUCCACAACGAAAUGCACUCAAAAGCAAAUCCAACGCAAUUCGAUGCGGACGACGCCGCCAAAAAGCGUUGAUUAUACACGCUUGAGUGAAAGACGAAAAUCGGGAGGCAUAUUGAAACAAUUUAAGCCGAUCAUAUUCAGGCAGUACGAAGAAAGCGACGAAGAUGGGAACGAUGCAUACGACGAGGACCUCGAAACGGAAGCACGAUUGAAGGAGAAGUUGAAAUGGAAAGCGGAUGGGGAGGAGCAAGAAAGGUCUUCGAUAUCGCGUGGUUUCACCGCUACGAGUUUGAAGGAGAUUCAAGAGUCGCAAAGUAGAAAUCCUUUACCAUCGUUUAGAUCCAUGGUAGGUUCCCAAGCGAAGAAAGAAUUUUCUAUGGAAAUGUUCGAGACGCGAGGUGUUCACAGAGAGGAUGCGACGGGUUCAUCUGCUACGAGCGUAACGGUGUCGCUUUCCGCUCUGGCGAGACGAACGAAAUCGAAAAAGCAUGUCGUAGAUUCCUCUCCGGCGCCAUGGCUUGGCUCUAGCGCCUCGUUCGAUAAGAAUAAAGGGUUCAUCGGAGGUUCUGCGUCUUCUCAACAAAGUCCUCUUCGGGAUUUGAUGCGUCAGGAGGAGGAGAAGCAGCAAGAGCGCAACGCUUCGUCUACGCGUCCUAUUUACGGAUUCUCACCGAAUGCGUUUUCUUCGACUUCCCCUGGAAGCUGGUUCCCUUCAAACGAUGACGAACAUGGAAAGAAACUUACUUUACUCGAAAUCCAAGCGUUGGAGGAGAAGGAAAAAGAAGAGCGAGAACUCGUCGCCUUGGUCGCCGCGUUCGAGAAAGCUGAGAUGGACGGGAACGCUCACCACAAGAGCAACAGUGGAACGAAGAAGAGGAGGAAAACGAAAACAAAGAGAGAAAAAGUAGUCUAUUAG